GUUGGCAACAGUGUCACACACAUCGCUUCAUAAAAUGCGAAAAAACGGAAUCGCGGAGAACAGUAACGCGGAAAAGUAACAUUAAAAAAGAUUCGUUUCUCGUGUUCGUGUUUUUUUUUCUAUCGCCAACAACUCAGAAUUUUGAUUGUCAAAUAAACGUAUUCUAAGUUAAUUACAACGCGUUUUAAAAAAGGAGAAUAAUGAUAAAAUGAGACGUCGCGCUCAUGCAAAGUAGAAGAAAAAGAAGGCACACACACAUACAACAUACAUACAUACGCACGCACGUCGUUGCGAAGGAAUAUAUGUAUCUACAUAUGCCUAUGGAUGUGUGAGUGUGCGCUGGUGUUGUGCGGUCGUGUGUGUGUGUGUUUGUGUGUGUGCGUGCGUUAGCUACUGGCAGAGUCGGACUCUAUGAGAAGGGGGUGGGGACAGAACGGCGGCGUUUGAGCGUUGAAAGAAAAAAUGAACUGGCACAGCCGACGACCACAACUACACCAUAAACGCCAAAGUACGUACGAUGUUCUACUACGGCUACUACUGUGAUAUUUGGAUAUAAUAAAGCCGCCCCGCACCGAAAACAAGCCUUUUUAAGUGUACGUGCGCUUCUUGCUUGUCUCUGCCGCUGGACGACGUUGACGACGAAAAGAAAGAAAAAGCAAAGCAGACAGAUAAAAAAGAAACAGAGUUAUCGAAGCAACAGACAAAGCGGCAUCAUCCAGGGCCGAAAGAAGCAGAAACAGCAACAAUCGCAGCAGCAGCAGCAACCUCAGUGAAUAUUAUUAAAGACUGCACAUACAGACAGAAUGGUCGUCGGCUCGAAUCACACGCGGCGCAGUGAAACUGCCGGCAGAUUUACAGCAACAACAACAAGCAGCAGCAGCGGCAACAACAACAACACCAACACAAAUAGCAGUAACAACAACAACAACAACUCCACCAGCGCAACGUCUUCAAUUGCAACCGCAUCAUCAACGACGGCGGCGACGUUGUCGUCGUCUGCGUCGUCGUCGUCAAUGUCACACAACAACAACCACAACAAAAGCCAAAAUUCAACUCUCAAUACACUCAACAACAACAACAGCAACAAUAAUAAUAACAACAGCAACAACAGCAAUUCACAUCAGCAUCAUCAUCACCAUCAUCAUCAUUAUCAAUCGCAGCAGCAACAAAAUGCAGCACAUCAAAAUUCAGGAUCAUCAGCAGCAUCAACAUCGCAAGGAAGUACAGGAGGAAGCGGAGGCGGAGGAGGUGGUGGUGGAGGAAGUGGUGGCAGUCUUAACGGUUGCAAUGGCAGCGCAGUUAGCCGUUUAUCGCAAUCAACGGGAAUGUCACCCCGUGAGCUGUCCGAAAAUGAUGAUUUGGCCACAUCGUUGAUAUUGGAUCCACAUUUGGGCUUUCAGACGCACAAAAUGAAUAUACGCUUUCGACCGCUCAAAGUGGACACACAGCAACUGAAAGCGAUUGUCGAUGAAUUUAUACAAACGCAAAAUUAUGAUACCGCCAUUCAACGCAUCUACGAUGGUCCAUGGAUACCGCGUCAUCUCAAGAACAAGAAUAAGAUUGCAACCAAGCGAUUGCACGAUCAUAUUGUGCGAUAUCUGCGUGUGUUUGACAAGGACAGCGGCUUUGCAAUCGAGGCAUGUUAUCGAUAUUCGCUGGAGGAGCAACGCGGCGCCAAAAUCAGUUCAACGAAACGUUGGUCAAAAAAUGAUAAAAUUGAAUGCCUCGUUGGUUGCAUUGCGGAACUAACGGAAGCGGAGGAGGCAGCACUGUUGCAUUCCGGCAAAAAUGAUUUCUCCGUGAUGUACAGUUGCCGCAAAAACUGUGCCCAAUUGUGGUUGGGACCAGCUGCCUAUAUCAAUCAUGAUUGCCGUGCGAAUUGCAAGUUUCUGGCAACGGGACGCGAUACGGCGUGUGUGAAGGUGUUGCGGGACAUUGAGGUGGGCGAGGAGAUAACAUGCUUCUACGGCGAGGAUUUCUUUGGCGAUAGCAAUCGUUAUUGUGAAUGCGAGACGUGUGAACGACGCGGCACUGGCGCCUUUGCUGGCAAACAUACAGCGAAUCAAUUGAAUGAGGCCAUGUUGGGUCUAACAAAUGGCUUGGGAUUGGGAUUAGGACUGGGUUUGGGCUUAGGCGCUGCUGGCGGCGCCAAUGGUGGCGGUUAUCGAUUGCGUGAGACGGACAAUCGCAUUAAUCGCAUCAAGAGUCGAGCGAACAGCACCAACAGCACCUCCAACAGCAACAGCAAUGAUAGCAGCAACAACAACAAUAACAAUAAUAAUAUAAAUGGAACGGUAGCAGCAACAGCAGCAGCAACAACAACAUCUGUUGCCAGCAACACAACAGCAACAGCAGCUGUGGCAGCAACUGUUGCUCGUCCCAAGAGCAGCAGCUUAGAACUGAACGCUGUCGCCUUAAUGGACAAAAAGUUGCCCAAUGUUGUUGUCUCGCCGUUGACCAUGAAAGAGUUGCGUCAGAAGGGCAUGACAAAAUAUGAUGCGGAAAUGAUAAUGGCCAAUGCAGCUUAUCAUCAUAAUCAUCAUCAUCAGCAGCAUCAGCAUCAGCAGCAUCAUCAUCAUGCGCAUCAUACGCAACAAUUUCACACACAUCACCUGCCACAACAGCAACAGCAACAUGCCAGCUCAAAUGCUGAGGCCGCAACACCGGCAACAGCAAUGCAAAAGCCACAGGCAGCAGCGGAGUUGAACAAUGGACGUGCUGUGAAUACGUUGCGUAAAUCGAUGCGUGUCAACAGCACCAGCAGCAGCAUUUCCACAGCCAGCACCGAUGAGCCGCUAGCAACAUAUGGCACAACAGCAGCAACAGUGACAGCAACAACUGUUGCAACUACAUCAGCAGCAGCAGCAGCAACAACUGUUGCCAUUGCCAAGGCACCGGUGGUGUUGGUGCCACGCUAUAAGCCCGCUGCUGCUAUUGCUGCUGCAGCCGCCGCCUUGCAGCAGCAGCAACAACGCCAGCAGCAGCGGCAACUGCGACGCAGCGAGCGUCAAACGCAACGGCAAAAGAUCACCGAAAGCGGCAACUUGGAAAACGCACAAUUGUUGGGCAAAUAUUUGACAGAUAGCGAGAGCAGCGAUACGGAUUUUCAACAGCAGCAGCAACAGCAGCAACACAGCGAGCUGGAAGCACAUGCAACAGCAACAGCAGCAGCCACAACAACAACAACAGCGCGUGUAACUCGCAACAGCGCCGGACGUGCAGCAGCGGCAGCAGCAGCAGCAACGACAACAACAACAACAAACCACACAGCAACAAUAACUGCCCAUAACAACAACAGCAACAGCAACAUUAAAACAACGAUUACAAAUUGUAAUAAUUUAAAUAUUAGUAAUAGCUGUAGAAAUAAUCUUAGCAGUAGAUUUAGUGAACGCAAGUUAAAACCAAGCGACACGGCAGCAACCGCAGCAGCAGCAACAGCAGCGACGUCGGCAGAGGCAACUACAAAUGUUGUAACAUGCUUGCCGACGUCAAACUGCUCAGCUGGCGGGCAACAGCAGCAGCAGCAACAACAACAGCAGCAGUUGCAAACACACCACCAACAACAACCACAGCAGCAGCAGCAGGCAACGGCAGCAGCAACAACAACAACACGCAGUCGUAGCAACAGUCCCGCCUAUAAAAAGAACCUAAUGGCCAGCUUUGAGCAAGCAACAACAACAACAACAUCAAAACGUCAAGCAGCAACAACGAUUGCAACACUGGCAACCGAUGUAGAAGCAGGCAAACAAAAACGCAGUCGACGCGCUGCAGCUUUGGCAGCAGCACAACACAUACAUUGCGAGGCUGUUGGCGGCAUCACACAGCGCAAACGACACCAACACAGUAGCAGCAACAGCAGCGGUAACAGCAACAGCAGCAGCGCUGUAGAGCCGCUUUUGAAAACACCAGAGCGUCGCUUAAAGUUGACAUUGCGCAUGAAACGAUCUCCCAUUUUGGAUGAGGUUUUUGAGCUGGGCACAAGUCUCAGCGAUGAGCGGCAACAUGCGUUGCACAACGGCAACAGCAGCAAUAACAACAGCAGCAGCAGCAGUGGCAACAACAACAGAGGCGGCAGCACAGCUAGCAGCGGCAGAAGUGGCAACAGCAACAACAGUGGCAACAACAGUAACAACAACAAUGCCACAAGCAGCGGCAUUGAAUAUGAAAUAUUACGCAUGGAAGGCAUCUCAGAGCAUGGCAAUGAUGAUGAUGAUGAGGAGGAGGAGGAUGAUGAAGAGGAAGAUGAUGAAGAAGAAGAAGAUGCGAUGAAGAACAGGAGGAGCAGGAGGAGGAAGAGGAGCAGGAGCAGGAGCUCAGCAGCAACUAGCAGCAACAGCAACAGCAUCUAUGGCACGCCACAAAAGAAGCGAUUGCGUUUAAUAUUUGGCAACGAGUCGCAUACAAUAGACAUUCCACCAACAAACACAACAACAACGACUACAGCAGCAGCAUCCGCAGGUGUUGCUGCUGCAACAACAAUGUCAGCUGGCAGCGGCAUUGAUGAGCUCAACAGCAGCGGCAUAAGCGCCAGCGAUGAGUCCUUUAAUGCCAGCUAUGCCAGCAGCAGCAACAGCAGCAGCAGCAACAGCAGCAGCGUCAGCGUCAGCAACAACAGUGCAACAGCAAGUGGCACCAGCAUGACUGUCAACACAUCCUCCACAUCAACAGCAUCCGUUUGUGAUGCGGCUGAAGCAACAACAACGACAACAACGGCAGCAGCGGCGGGGGCGGGGGCGGGAGCAACAACAGCAUUGCCAGCUGUUGCUGUUGCAGUUGCAACCACACGUUUGCCAGCUGCCGAUUCACCAACAUCAACAACAUCCAGCGUCAGCUCAUUUCAAUCGGCAUGCACAUCGACAACAAAUUUCUUUACGCGCUCCAAAUCACCGCAAUCUUAUCAAUUGAAUGGCAGUCGCAGCAACAGCAGCAGCUACAUGGCUUACUACCAGCAACAGCAGCAACAACAACAGCAGCAGCAACAGCAACCAAUGAAAUUUGGC